GCGUUGGCAAGUUUGAGCGUGCUGCAAACGCCGGCCAAGUGCAACGCACUAGCCGAACGCAUACACAGAACACGUAAGCGUCACCGGCUUACUCUCGCGAAACCGAUUUGGCACACUUGCAAAGCGAAAAAACGACGAGCAGCCAUGCUCGGCCAACCCGCAGCGUGCAUAUUGCUCCUCACGACGGGCGCCACGGCGUUCGACUACCUCGCGUCGCUGACCGUGCAGGACGCGGCAACCGUGGCUAAGCCGGCGGCCAAAGACCCUGCGACCUACCUCGAGUCGCUUCCGACGCCGAAGGCCGCCACUAUCAAAGAGGCCGUCGCCGCCGCGCCCGUGCUCGUUCCACGCACGGACCCGUUCUCGAACCCGAAGGCCGAGGCGCGCCAGGAGGCGUCGACGACGUGGGACGCGGCCCGGCGCAAGGCCCAGGACGACGGCCCGAAGGCGGAUUACGCGGCGCGCGCCAGGGAGUGGGUGCUGAACGACGGUUUCCACGCGCCGGCCAAGGCGUCGCUCAUGGCCGACGAUUUUGUGUGGUUCGGUCCGAUCGUGGGACCGCUCAACAAGCAGGACUUCCUCCGCACCGUCGACAUGUUUAAAGUGUACGAGGGCUUCCCGGACCUCAAAAUGCACCUCGCCGAGUUCACGCGGGACCCGGUCGAGGAGAAUAGAUACUGGAGCAUUUUGCGCCUCGAGGGCACGAACACGGAGCCCCAGGCCUCGGGCACCGGUUUUUCGUACAAGCCGACCAACAACAAGCUGGACGUCGGGCCGCAGUGCAUCUCGGUCACGUUCGACGCGGACGGGCGCGUGUCGCGGUACACGGGCGGGUACGUCGUGGACCGCACCCAGGGCAAAACGGGUAUGCUCGGCGCAAUGUUCGCAAUCACCAAAACGGUGGGCGGCUUCGUCCCUUCGCUGCGCGUGGCCAAGAUCCUCAAUGCCAUCGGCGCGCGGCUGAAGAAUUUCCCCAAGGCCCGGAGCCACCGGGAUGAUCUCCCCGCGAAGUGGCGGUCGCUGGGGCGCCGGUUCGGAAAGCGCACAGCCGAGGCGUGGGAUUAA